CUGAAGUGGCGGCGGCUCUGCCUCUUGGUCGGGAAACUGGGGCGAAGGCAUUUUGUUGUGGCAUAGUUGCUGCUACAGUUUAGGCUUGCCUUGAUUUCGCAGUAUAUGGUGAAACUGGAAAGGGCUUUGAGCAUUGCUGUUGGUUGCUCUUGCCGUUUUCUCUAGGUAAGCUGAGUGAAGAGCAAUGGCGUUCAAAGCAGGAAUGUUGGAACUGCUUGUCCUCACGGCCCUUUUGAGUGCCAUGGCUGAAGACAUGCACGUCGAGAGGCAGACAACCGAAGGCCGUGUUCGUGGGAAGAUUGUGCGCAGCCUUGGCAAGAUUGUGGAAGAGUACCGCGAUAUUCCUUUCGCCGAGCCUCCCGUGGGAAAGCUCAGGUUCCGUCCUCCACAGCCCAAGGCACCAUGGGAAGGAAUGUUAGAUGCAACUGCAGGAACAACAGCGUGCCCUCAGGUCCACUUUCCCGGCAUCGGCAUGGAAGGCCUCAACGUCACGGAGGAUUGCCUUCACCUCAACGUGUGGGUCCCCGAGCUCGCCAGGAACCCGGGUUCGAGUCGACCGGUCUUGGUGUGGAUCCACGGAGGGGGCUUCACUCUCGGCAGCGCCAAUCAGGCGAACUACAGCGGAGCCGUGUUGGCUGCGUUCGCCGACGUCGUUGUCGUCUCCAUGAAUUACCGCCUAAGCAUCCUCGGCUUCCUCAACGGGAACUCUCCAGAUGCGCCAGGGAACGUGGGUCUUCUAGACCAGGUCAUGGCGCUAAAGUGGAUCCAGCGUAACAUCGAAUUCUUCGGAGGCGACCCGCAACAAGUCACAUUAUUCGGCGAGAGCGCGGGAUCUAUGAGUGCGCACGCACACAUCAUGUCGCCGAUGAGCGAGGGUCUCUUCAAGAGAGCACUCUUGAUGAGUGGCACUAUGUACAGUAUCGACGUGUGGGACACGGUGCAUGAGAGCAUGGUCAAGGGUGACAAAGUGGCUGGCAUCGUCGGCUGCUCGGAGGGGGGCACAAUAAACCUCUCUUCAAAUCCGGAGGACGUCAUAAGUUGCCUUCGCAACAAGUCCGCAGAGGAGCUCGUUACCGCUUCUGCAGAGAGCGUGGUCCCCAAAUUAUUGCCUUUCUAUCCAACCUAUCACGACGUCUUCCUUCCAAGGAAUCCAAUAGAGGCAAUGAAGCGAGGUUUUUUCGCACCUGUCGAUGUCAUGGCCGGAGUCACCUCCGACGAGGGGGCUUGCUUUCUCCUGCAUCCACCUGUGCAUGACCUCCUCGCCGAAGACAUUGUUUCAGUGUCUUCAAAAGAAGUCGGUGAUUCUCUUGAAGCCUAUUUGUCACGUUUGUGGAAACAGGACACACCUGACAUGCGACGAAUGUACCUUGACCAAGUACCGCAAGGUGACAACAACGCUCUCAGGAGGCAGUACGUGGACUUCACGUCGGACAGGGUGUUCAACUGUCCCCUGCGGUUCUUCGCAGACACGCACAGCGAACGGGGAGGAAAAGUGUUCGCCUACGUCUUCGCUCACAAGUCGGCGACAGUGGCGCUGCCUCUCUGGAUGGGGCAACCCCAUGGCUCCGACAUACCGUUCGUAUUCGGUAACGUGUACGCAGCGGAGCCAGCUUCCGAAGACGGUCGCAUGAGUGAGGCCCUCAUGCGGAUUAUGACCACCUUCACUGAAAACGGGGUUCCUGAAUUGCCGAACAACCAGCAAUGGCCGCCGUACACCAAGAGUUCUCCCACCAUGGUGAUGAUGGGCCACGGUACCUUCAACGAGACGCAGGAAUUCCGUGGUAGUCACUGCGAGCGAUGGAGGCAGUUGUUCUAAAGGAAUUAAAAAUGUGUUUAUUUA